UCCCGUACUGAGAGACGUGAUAUUCUGGUAUUAUUACUCUUCGGUUAAGACAACUGAACGAGCUAUACUAUGGCGUGCAGUGCAGGAAGCAGCGCAACGCUUGCGCCAGGCGACGAUAUGGACGACAGCAGGUUUCGUAUUCGACCGUAUCAGCAAAUACUAUCAUCAUGCAGCGGGGCUUUGGUAACGUCGCUUUUCAUGACUCCUUUGGAUGUAGUGAAAACACGCUUGCAGGCACAACAAAAAGUACUAAUAUCCAACAAAUGUUACCUUUACUGCAAUGGUUUGAUGGAUCACAUCUGUCCAUGUGGACCGAACGGCCCUAUAGGUCCAUCAUCCGUGAAACCUCCGUUACAUUUUUCAGGCACCAUUGAUGCUUUUUCCAAAAUCAGUCGCUUUGAAGGUGUUGGCUCACUGUGGUCGGGAUUGGGACCGACACUGGUGCUUGCUUUACCAACAACAAUAAUAUACUUUGUAGCGUACGAGCAGUUUCGCAUACGAUUAAAAGAACUGUAUCAGAAAAGAAAAGGUCUGAACGCGGAACUUCCAAUAUGGUGCCCUCUUCUAGCCGGUAGUUCGGCUCGUGUCCUUGCUGUAACCAUCGUAAACCCGCUAGAGCUGAUCCGCACUAAGAUGCAAUCGGAAAAGCUCAGCUAUCGUGAAGUUGGCCAUGCCUUUCGCAGUAUGCUUCGAGUACAAGGAAUCUUUGGAUUAUGGAAGGGCUUUUUUCCGACGAUCCUACGUGAUGUCCCUUUCAGUGGUAUUUACUGGACGACCUACGAAUCAAUCAAAAAACACUUCAACGUCAGUCAACCAUCAUUUGCGUUCAGCUUCGCCGGCGGAGCUGUGUCUGGUGGGGUGGCCGCGUUCUUUACAGUGCCGUUUGAUGUCGUCAAAACGCACCAACAAAUUGCGUUCGGCGAGCAGUUCCUGUACGCACAGAAUGGGGAAAAGGCAAACAAGAAACCUUUUAAAGCCGUUGGUACAUUCGAAACCAUGGCAAGAAUAUUCCAAAUGAACGGCAUCCGUGGCCUGUUUGCGGGCCUUACGCCGCGGUUGGUCAAAGUGGCACCAGCUUGUGCUAUUAUGAUCGCUUCGUUUGAGUACGGGAAAAAUUUCUUUUACAAAUAUAAUGUUCAACGGUAUCAUGAGAAGAAGGAUAAACCACCAUCCAUCGGUACAGGAAGCGGCCCUGUGGUUAGUAGUCCUUCUGCUACCCUUGUAGGCUCCACGAAAAAGCACGGCCAUCAGAUUAACAAGUACUAAAAGAUGUUCUUUUUCUCCAGUGACCUUCGACCGUCAGCUUACCCUUUGCUUCCCGUUAACUGAUUGCUUAAUCAGGAAAGGUCACAGCAACAAAAUAUAAAAAUAAAACUGUGUAAAAUAAAUUGU